UUUUAGAAAGUGACUUAUUAAAGUCAUUUCAAACAAAUGGGAAUAUUUUUUCUGUGCUGAAGUUGAGUUACUAUCACUUGCCCACUUAUUUAAGGCAAUGUUUCACUUAUUGUGCGAUGUUUCCCAAAGAUUACGAAUUCUAUAAAGAAACAUUGAUUCGUUUGUGGAUAGCACAAGGAUACAUUGUCUGUUCAAGUAAGGAUGACGAUUUAGAGGAUAUUGGAGAUCAGUACUUCAAUGAAUUGUCAUCUCGAUCAUUCUUCCAUCAGUCAGAAAGUAUGAAUGGUUAUAAAAUGCAUGAUCUUAUCCAUGAUCUAGCACAAUCAAUAGCAAAGGAUAGGUACUUUGCAGUAGAGAAUGUUUGCGAAGGAAUCCAUCAUGUAUAUUGGCCAUCUUCUUUGAAUGAAAUUGAGAUGUUGGUUAAAGUUAAGGGCAUGAGAACAUUGUUUUUUGAAAGUGUUCCUGAGACUGUAAGAUCAAAAAAGGGUUUAAAUAUGAUCUUUUCAAAUUUUGAAAAGUUACGUGUAUUGCAUUUAAUAUAUCCAUAUGCUAAAGGUCCAUAUUUUGGAGUGCCAAAUUCAAUAGGAAAAUGGAAGUAUUUGAGAUAUCUUGACAUUUCUUGGGGUGAGAUGGAAACACUCCCAAAGUCCAUAACUAAUUUGCAAAACUUGCAGACUCUAAUACUCUCAUUUUGUAUUAGGCUCCGAGAAUUACCGAGAGAUAUAGAAAAAUUGAUCAGCCUUAGGUGCCUCAAGAUUGGUGGAUGUCGAAAGCUAAGAUGCAUGCCAAUUGGAUUGGGGAAAUUAACUUGUUUGCGCCAACUGUCAGAUUUUGUGGUGGCAAGGGAUGAAGGCUCUAAGGGGGCUAUGCUAAAUGAAUUGAAUAGCCUAAACCAACUUAAGGGAAGUAUUGCCCUCCGAAACCUUAGUUACGUGGAAAAUGUUGAGAUAGAGACCAACCAAGUGAAUUUAAGGGAAAAGAAACUCCUCCGGUAUUUGAUGUUAAGUUGGAGAGAUUAUUAUACUCUCGGUGAGGAUUGGAAUGAGGACUCUAUUGAUAAUACUGAAGUUGAAAAGAAUGAAUUAUGGUUAGAAAAGCUUGAGCCUCAUCCAAAUUUACAAUCCUUGGUUGUGGAAUCUUUCAAGGGUGUGAGAUUUUCAAGUUGGUUGUCUUCUAUCGCAAAUUUAGUACACAUUACGCUUAUGGGUUGUCUAAAAUUGAAGCAGCUUCCACCAUUGGACCAACUCCCUUAUCUAAAAACCCUUCGUCUCGAAGACCUUCAUUCUCUAGUGUAUAUAUCAGAUGAGGAGCCUUCCUUUUUGGCAUCGCCAUCAUUUACAUCUUACCCUUCGCUGCAAGAGAUUGAACUCAGAAAUUGUUUUAAUUUGAGAGGAUGGUGGAGGCAGGAGAGGAGGAGUGGGGUUGAACUUGCUCAAUUUCCUUGUCUUUCAAAAAUGCAAAUCCGGGACUGCCCCAAGCUUAUUGUAGAUGAUGGUGAAGUCAUUGAAUGGGGAAGUUUCAGGAGUCUUCAAUCUCUUUCUAUUGGAUUUCUUUUAGAAUUGAAAUCUCCACCAAAGGGGCUUCAACUUGUUACAAACCUGCAAGAGCUCACCAUCGAUGAUUGUUCUAGUUUGAUGGCUUUACCAGAUUGGAUAGGCAACCUGACAUCACUUCAACGGCUAAAAAUUUCCGAUUGCCCUAAUUUGAGAUCGCUGCCUGAGGGAAUGCAUUUACUGACGUCUUUACAGAAGUUGAAGAUUGAAGGAUGCCGCAAGUUGUCUGCAAGAUGUAUGAAGGAAAAGGGUGUGGAUUGGCCAAAUAUUGCUCACAUCCCUAAUCUCGAGAUUCAACCUCCAGAGGAAUAUUCUCCAUCUCGCUUGUAUGGAGAGACAGAUUUAGAGGAAAGUGUGAUAUAGAGGAUCUCAAGUUUGAAAUUUACC